AUGAGCUCACAGCCAUCAACCCUGAUCAUCGGGGCUGGAGUCUUCGGUGUCUCCACUGCCUACCACUUGAUCAAAAAGUACCCCGAAGCACAUAUACAACUGGUUGACCGAACAGAAUACCCCUGCCCACUUGCCGCAUCCUGGGACUGGAACAAGGUUGUUCGUGCAGACUAUGGCGACAUCUUCUACAUGGAAAUGGCGUUGGAAGCCAUACAGUACUGGCGACAUGAUCCACUCUUCAGCCAGUUCUACCAUCAAAGCGGUAUGAUUAACAUCGACAAUACCGACCUGGGUAGAGAGAUCUUGAGAAACUAUGAGAAGGUUGGUAUCGAAGUCGAUGCGGAGAUGGUGAGCCCAGAACGGUUCAAAGAGAUGUACGGUUCUUUCUACGAUAACACCGAUUUCUCCGACGUUGGCGAAGUGUUCGUGAACAGAGAUAGCGGGUGGGCCGAAGCCACUAAAGCUCUGACUGCUUACACGGACGCCGCGAUCGAGGCGGGAGUCAAGUAUACCGCAGCAGAGAUUGACGUGUUGACCUUCGGUACUGAUGGAGAAUGUACUGGAGUUCUAACGAAAGGUGGUGAAAUCAUCACAGCAGAUCGCGUCAUCCUAGCGACCGGUGCAGGCACGGCCAAAUUGAUCGCCGACAGUGCUCCAAGCAGAGGCGAGCUACAAGUCGAUGGACGUCUGGUCGCUGGAGCAGUGGUCACUGGAAUCGUCAACCUCGACCCAAAGAAUGGGCAGCAGUAUACCGAGAUUCCGGUCACAGUACAUUCUGUCUUGCCAACACGAGACCAAGAUCCAUACACCGUCAAAUUCUGCAGAGACGAAGCCUACAAGGACACCGUCAAACACGAGGCAUCAGGUCAAGAGUUCUCUUCCCCGCCGAACAAGCCCGGUCAAGCGCAGAGGCAGCCGAACGAAGCUCUCAAGCAGCGGCUUGAACUCGUCAAGAACGGCAUACUGGGUGAACCUGGGAAGAACGUCAAGUUUGACGAGUAUCGUGUGUGCUGGGAUGCAGUGACACCAAGCCAAGACUUCAUCAUCACGCCACACCCGCAUUCACAGAAUCUCUAUCUCGCGACAUGCGGUUCUUUUCACGGAUGGAAAUUCAUGCCUACGAUCGGUCGCUACGUCGUGGAGAUGCUGGAUGGUACCCUAGACCCCUCUCUUGCCAAACGAUGGGCGUGGGAUCGUGAGAACGAAGGCGGUGCACAUGCUCACUUGCUUCCUACGAUUGAACUACGAGACUUGUGA